UAUAUUUUCAAUUCAUCCCCACAACUCUCAAUCCAUCAAACUCGGGCUUGGAUGAUCUUCUUCUGCUUCUGUAACCCGACGAAUAGUCGACGAUUCGAGCGUGUCCUCCAAUGUACUUGACUACAUUGACCCGCUAAUUGGAACUUCCAAUGGAGGUCAUUCAUUCGCGGGUGCAACUCUGCCCUUUGGCAUGGCUAAAGCAGUAGCUGAUACUCUUGGUGAGAAUCAGGCCGGAUUUGCCUAUGACACGCAAAAUGUCUCUGGGUUCUCUCAUAUGCACGACUCUGGGACUGGUGGUUCUCCAUCCCUGGGCAACUUUCCUAUCUUCGUGCACCCAAGCUGUCCCAAUGAUGACCUGGAUCAAUGCGCCUGGCAGCAAUCAGUGCGAGCCACAGCCUGGUCAUCGCCUCAGGCUCGACCAGGAUAUUUCUCGAUCUCAUUAGACAACGGCAUCUUUGCUGAGAUGACCGUCACUAACCAUUCUGCGCUAUAUCGUUUCACAUUCGAGAACGCUCCUAGCGAAACAUUCAGUCCUGUCGUCCUCGUCGACCUUAUGGAUCUUCCUAAGUCUCGCACCAAUGGGACCGCAUCAGUAGAUCCAUCUACAGGCAGACUGACAGGCAACGGCACCUUUAGUCCUAGCUUCGGCAUUGGGACGUAUGACCUACACUUUUGCGCGGACAUUAGAGGAGCACAAGUCCGAGAUACUGGCGUCUGGCAGAACAACCGGGCGGGUCUCAACCAGACGUUCUUAUCACUAACUUCGGAUGGCAGCAAUUCUGCAUCGACCCUAAGUGGUGGUACAUUCGUCAGGUUCAAUGCACCUACAGCAAAUGAGACGAUCCUUGUCAGGGUAGGUGUAAGCUUCAUCAGCGUGGAUCAAGCUUGUACCAAUGUAGAGAAUGAACAACCCAAUUUUGACUUUGCUGGCACGGCAUGGGCAGCGGAGAGUGCCUGGAGGGAGAAACUGAGCGCAAUCAGUGUUGAUACAGAAGGAACAUCGACCGACCUGCAGAAAGUGUUCUGGAGUGGUAUUUAUCGCGCAAUGAUCAGCCCACAGGACUACACUGGGGAGAACCCACUCUGGCAGAGUGACGAACCUUACUAUGACAGCUACUAUUGUAUCUGGGACUCCUACCGCGGUGUGCAUCAACUGCUGACACUGGUGGAUCCUCUCUCGCAGUCAUUGAUGAUCCGGAGCCUUAUUGAUAUCUAUCGUCAUGAAGGCUAUCUCCCCGAUUGCCGCAUGUCACUCUGCAAAGGCUAUACCCAGGGAGGCUCCAAUGCAGAUGUACUCUUGGCCGACGCCCUCCUAAAGAACGUGAGUGAUAUUGAUUGGGAGACUGCGUAUGAGGCCGUGGUGAAAGAUGCCGAAGUCGAGCCGUCCAACUGGAAUAUUGAGGGACGGGGUGGCCUGACUAGCUGGAAGACUCUCAAUUAUAUACCAACAGAUGACUUCGAUCCGUACGGAGUGGGACUGCACACACGGAGCAUCUCACGGACAGUUGAGUACGCCUACGAUGAUUACUGCAUUGCUCAAAUGGCCCAGGUCCUAGGCCAUGAGAGCGACAGCGAGAAGUAUUCACAGCGCGCCAGAAAUUGGCAGAACAUGUUCAAAGACGAUCAGAACUCAACCAUCAGCGGGGUGAACACUGGUUUCACUGGCUUUCUUCAGCCACGCUAUCCGAAUGGAACAUGGGGAUACCAGGACCCGAUCUUCUGUAGUCCGCUGCUGAGUUUUGACUCGUGCUACCUGAAUGCUAAUGGCCAUGAAACCUAUGAGGGCAGCGCUUGGCUUUACUCAUUUUACGUUCCGCAAGACAUGGCUUCUUUGGUCGAGAAACUCGGUGGGCGUGAGAUGUUUGUCUCUCGACUUACGUACUUGCACAGUUCAGGCCUCCUCUACAUCGGUGACGAGCAAGCAUUCCUCACUGUUCAUCAAUUUCACUACGCUGGACGCCCUGGACUGUCCACAAAGCAGGCACAUGCAUAUAUUCCCUCGCAAUUCAACACCUCAGUCUCAGGUAUCCCGGGCAACGAUGACGGAGGAGCGAUGGGAGCGUUUGCAGCUCUAAGCAUGAUGGGACUGUUUCCAGUCCACGGGCAGGAUGUCUAUCUAAUCAACCCACCGUUCUUCAAGGAGGUCAGCAUUCUAAACAAAGUCACGGGCAAGACCGCCACAAUCCGAAAUGUGAAUUUCGAUCCGACGUAUCAGUCAAUCUACAUCCAGAAUGCCACCCGAGAUGGUCAACCAUGGACCAGGAACUGGAUUAGCCAUGACUUUUUCACGGAUGGUGGAGUGCUCGAGCUUGCGCUGGGAACUGCAGAAAGCGACUGGGGGACCCGAGAUGAGGAUCUGCCUCCGAGUAUGAGUGGUUGAUGCGUCAUGUUUUCGUGAAAGAGAAUAGACCAGAUUUGUCACUACCCUAAUGGAUUGCCAUCUACUGUCUAGCUGCAACAAGUCUUUGAGAACUGUCAUCACAAUGACUACUUUCUUUGCAUGCUCCAAUAUUUGGGAUCAAAAUAUCUCCCAACGCGAUGAUUAUCGAACUUAUCCUUCCUGUCGUCUUGACAGAACACUUGCUCUAAGGCCACCAAGACC